AUGCCAAAACAAAGCGCAAUGUCUUCGCAAAACCAUAAAGACAUCAAAUAUCCAUCCGGUUGUCGGGAUAUCAAUGAAGAGCUGCCCACCGAUGACCUCAUCAGGAGACUCAAAGACAUAGCGAUGGCAUUCCAGCAGAUGUCUCAGGAGGAAGACAACAGUGGAUUUGUUCCGUUGGCUCUCUAUUUAUCGAGUGACUACUUUCUGGAGCACCCGUCCCGUGACGUGCGACUUCUGGUCGCCUGUGCUAUCGCUGAUGUGUUUCGCGUGUAUGCGCCCAACGCUCCCUAUCAGCACCCGGAGCUCAUCAAACAUAUAUUCCUCUUCUUCAUCCAACAGUUGAAAGGAUUGCAAGACCCAAAAGACGCCACUUUUAAGCGCUAUUUCUAUUUGUUGGAGAACCUGGCGUGGGUUAAGUCAUUCAACAUUUGCAUAGAACUCGAGGACUCGCAGAGCAUUUUCGCCCAAUUGUUUUCAUUGAUUUUUAAGAUCGUGAAUGAGAACCAUAGCGACAAAGUGAAGAACUUUAUGCUGGAUAUGUUGACGCCUCUGAUCAUAGAGGCGGAUACGGUGUCUUCAAAGCUGAUUGAGAUUAUACUGUUGCACAUCAUCGACCCCAAGAAGACAAUGAACAAACAGGCCAAUUGGCUGGCCGUUCAGAUACUCAAGAAGACCAGCAAAACUAUGGAACCAUAUCUCGUCUCAUACUUCACGAACGCUAUAACUCAUGGCAUCGAUGAUAACGCCGGCGAUCUCGACAACGACGACGAGACCAGUGCUGUCGUCCAUCAGAAGCCAACGGCUAAGGGUUCGCGUAAUUCCAAGUCUACGGUCUCCUCAUCAGUCACUCGCAUAUGUGAACUCAUAUAUGAACUCAACCACAUCUGUCCCAACAUUAUGGACGGAAUUUUGCCUCAAUUGGAGUUUAAGGUGAAGAGCAUUGACGAGAAGGAGCGCUGCGAUUACACCAAACUAUUGGCGCGUCUUUUCUCCGACAAAGACUCGACUUUGGCUGAACUCUAUCCCGAACUCUGGAAAUCAUUUCUCGGGAGGUUUCGUGACAUUAGUGUAACCGUAAGAAUGCGUUGCGUUCAGUAUUCAAUGCAUUUUCUGGUCAAUCACUCAGAACUUCGCGAUGAUAUCAGAGACCAAUUGAGACAAAGACAACACGAUUCCGACGAGAAUGUCAGAUACGAAGUGGUUAUGGCUAUCAUCAGCGCUGCGAAGAAAAGCAUUGAGAAUAUCAACGAAGAUCUGCUGAGUUUUGUUAAGGAGCGAACUUUAGACAAGAAGUUUAAGAUCAGACGCGAAGCACUUCUAGGAAUGGCUCAACUCUACAAACUCUAUAACGUCUCCACAAUUGGAGAGUCGGGCGAAUCUUUGGACACGUCUAAUGUGUCGGAGAGCGCCAACUCAUCACUCAAAAUGCUUAAUUGGAUUAAAAACAAAUGUCUUCACAAUUAUAUCAAUUAUCAGACACAACUCGAUGACCGACUGUUGGUCGAGCGUAUUCUGCACACGUGUCUCAUUCCAUAUUCCCUACCAUUGCCUCAGCGAAUGAAAAGUCUUUACACCUUUUACUGUACCAUCGAUUCACACGCGGCCCGAGCUUUCAAUGAACUGCUUCGUCAGCAACAGAUCGUCCGAAGACAAGUCAAGGAAGUUCUCGAUCUCCUCAGAGAUGAGAAGUCUGAUGAAAGGGAUCUACUGAUUAAGCAGAAGGUCCAGAUCUGUGCUAAGAAUCUGCCCGAACCUGUCAAGGCUGACGAAUACAUCACCAAAUUAUGCCGAAAUCUAGAAAUAAAUCCGGCCUUAAGAGAGCACAUGGAACUCAUAGUGACAUCGACUUCGUUCCCUCAGGUGGGAGAAGACGGACUGCCUUUACUUCCGCCCCCGAGCUCUACAAUAGAGGCGAGUGUUCGCGAAGUGUUGAAGUCUCUCGGAUUUCCCGUUCAGACGAAUUCGUUUUAUAUGAUUAUAAAACAAUUGAUGGAGAGAAUCGCUCCCAUUAUGGUCGAUCAUCAGGGACUUCUCAUUUUAUUCAAUUAUGUUUCGGAUUCUCUUCUGGGAGACGGAGAACUGGAUCUUGAAAUGAAUGUCGAAAACUCUGCUAAAAGAGGACUUCAACUCAUUUACAGUCUUUCGUCUGUAUUUCCGGCACUUUUUCACGGAAGAGAAAUCUUUACGUCAUAUUUGUUGCCAUUCUUAUGGCAAAGUGGAGAUCACCAUCAGGUCUCAGAACUAAUUCUGCAAAUAUUGACAAAUAUUGGCGCUUCCGCUGGUUCUGAUGGCAGUGCUUUGGAUGGCUCUCAGUGUGUGUCCAUCCCGUGGUGGGCCGCCGAUGAUGUCAUUCCUCGACUCGUUGAUCGAUUUGUGUUGAAAGCGUCGACAACAAAACAGGCGAAGUAUGCCAUUCAAUGCUUGAAUUCUAUUAUCGGCGAUGAAAAUGAGAAAAUGAAGAUUUUUGGCGAAAUCAUUGAUCAAAUAAAAGCAAGCGGUUUAUCUCUGGAGACAUCGCCGUACUUUCGCAGCCAUUUGGUUACACUGGGAAUGAUAGCCAUAUGUGGCGGAAACCAGUUCUUCCCGAAAGUUCUUCGCUCUAUAAUUCAGAAAUUCAUUGUUCAGGGAUUACUCAUGAAAGACAUGAAAACUGAUGUCGAGAUUAAUUCGUUGGAAGAGAGUGAGAGACAGCGAGAAAAUACUGAUCCGGCCAUUACUUACGAGUACUGCAGUGAAGAAAUGAAGGCAAAGAUUGAAGCGAUUAAACUAAUGGUUCGGUGGCUGUAUGGCAUGAAAAUCAACACAUUAUACGUUAUGCCUGACGUUCAACACGAAGUGAUCACUCAAUAUCAGAAGACGGCUUCCAAUACACUGAAACUGUUGAAGACAAUCAUCCAAACAGGCGGUGAUUUAAAUGAACAGAAUUUGGGCGGAACUACUCUAGAAAGGGCUCACUUGCGACUGGCGGCCGCACUCGCCAUCCUUAAGAUUGCUUCUAACGAUGCCAUCACUUCUGUCAACAAUAAUGGCGACAACUCUGUCGUUCAGAACCCGUCGAUUACUUUAGCGAUAAUGUCUGCGGAACAGUGGCACUCAUUGGCUACUGUUCUGUUGGACACCGAAGAGUUUGUUCGCGAAAAGUUUUUGAUAAAACUUCACAAAGGGUUGAUGUCUUUGGCUCUGGGACUCGAGUUCUUAGCCAUUCUCUCUUUGGGCGGCACUUUCAAUGGCGAAGAGACCGCUCCAUUCAAGACGAAGUUGAGAUCUUAUUUGCAUUUAAAUUUGGCCAAAAGACGAGAACUGAUUAAAUCAAAGUCUGUGGCGAACAUGAAGAGCGUAAUGCCUGACUGUGUGAUGCCUUAUGUCAUCCAUUUGUUGGCUUAUAUGCCGUUUUAUGUGAAGUACGACGACGUCUCCCAACUGGAAGUAGUGAAAGAGUGUCUGUGGUUCAUAAUGGAACCGCUUGUGCUUAAGAACGAACACUACUCGUUCUCAUUCUUCAAGAAGACAUUUGAGAACAUAAAGGUUUGCGUCGAUCGCAUCUCUCAAUCUCAAGAGUCGGAUCCAAACCAAGCGAACGCUAAUUCAAUGGCAACGAUGACUAACUAUAAGAUAUAUUGCGGCUGUGACUUAGCGCUCGGACUCGUUAUGAGUAAAACACAGAACUUUCUUCUCAAAGACUUUCCGGUUCAGCCCACCCUUCCCUCCAAAUAUUUCACUGUAUCGCCGUCGGCCGCAGACAACAACUUGAAGUGCUAUUUGCCGACCGAAAUGCAAUUCGCGCCGCCGAAGAGGUGUGGCCUCGAAGCAGAAAUUCUCGGCAAAAUCACUAAAUCUUUCCCUCAGUCGCCAUCAAUACCUCCUCCACAAAGAGGUCGUCCCUCUAAAGCUUCUCAACAACAGAUGCAACAAAUGAAACAACAAAUAGUUGUCAUCACCGGAGAGAAUGUGAUCGAAGAGGGAGUGAUUAUAGAACAGGAGGGGGAGAACACCCAAAGCAAUGCAAUGCAAAGGUCUCGUAAGCAACAAAUAGAGACCAUUAAUACUGAAGACGACACAAAUGGCACCGAAAAGAUAGAACCAAUGGUUAAACGCGGCCGACAGGAGACGGCCCCUCCCGCCACCACAGGCUCUGCCGGUCGCACGACUCGUGCCUCAGCUAAGGACCGGACGAGUGAGUCAACCGAUAAAACAUCGGAAACCAAUGCUGAAGAUAAACACAAGGAUGAGGACGAGGAGGAAGAGGUUGACGACGAAGAGGACGAAGAGAUGGACACAAACGACGAUAAGGAGGCUCUGGUGUCGCAAAAGCGAACUCGAGGCAGACCUCCGAAAAAUAUCGUGACUUCCACUCCCACUCCCUCUGCGACUCCUGAAGACGACUCGUCGCCAAUAAGGAAAUCCUCCAGAAUUGCAAAGAAGGUCCCUUCGCAGAGGUCUCCAUCCCCUGAAGUGAGUGCACCCGUGGCUCGCGGUAGAGGACGAGGCAGAGGCAAUCAAUUGGAUUCAAAUGCGGGAUCCGAUGAGUUAGUGAUCACAACCUUUACAGACAUCCCCAAUGAAACGCCACAAAACGUGACGCUUGAAUCUGCCGGCGCUACCAGUGUUAUAGUCCGAUGGGAACCGCCGGCCCGAGAGCUCGUGAGCCCUAUAACCGGAUAUAAGAUUAGAUAUAAAAUUAAGGGCAAUAAGAAAGUGGAGAGCGUCACCACCGGUGGGGACAGACGGCUAUACGAAUUAACCAAUUUAGAAAAGGGUGUCACA